GUGAAUAAACAAUUAAUGUGUUUUAUAAAACACUUAUGAAGACAAUAAAUUAUGAUACCUAGGAGACUAUAAAUUGUGUUUAAGAAAAUUUAUGUCAUUUUCCCAUAUACUGAAAAGUACAAAUUAUACAUUUCUAUAAUUUAUGGGAAUUGAUUUAAACAUUGUAAUAUAAACAUUGCAGUAUCAUAAGCUGUAAUAUUUCACAGCUUGUUUAACAAACACGAAUAGACAGGUUCUUAUUUUUGAUUCUGUAAGAAUAACUGUAAGAAUUUAUAAGAGAAACUUCAUAUAAUAUUUGUUGCAGAAUUUCAGUUAUAAAAUAUCUGGGACAGGACAUGUAGCCUUGAUGGUAGUAAAACAGAAACAUCUGCUGAAGCUACCACAAAAGCAGUGUUUAAUUUUCAAACAACAAGUACAAGUUCAUAUAACUAGGGAACAAGAAACAUAAAUGUUGAAGUAAAAUAUAAAGAAUACAAUAUAAUUAUUAUAUUAACAUUUGUGUUGUUGAAUUUUAAUAACAAAAUGUGUGUGGAAAAUCAGGAAUUGAAUCAUUUAAUCAGAGAGCUACAAACAUGUUCAGAGAAUAGUGUUAUUCUCAGAAAAUUAAUAAAUUUCGCUUCAUCCUAUAAACAGUCAUGGAAUGAUGAAAAUUUGAAGGAAUUGCAACCAGUGCUAACAUACAUUCUAGAAAUCUUUAUUGCAAAUACAGAAACAGAAGGAGAUAGAAUGUUAUUGGCUGCUCAUACAUUUUUUGCUUUACUAUCUAUGGAACCUACUUUGGUCUUUGUAAAAAGUACCUUUAAUAAUCUCUUACAACAUAAUUUUAAUGAAUUGUGUUUUUGUUAUAAGAAUUAUGAUAUUGCUGAACGUAAUUUAUUCAGAUUAAUGUGUGCCUAUGGAUAUUUACAAGUAAAUCGUAGAGGAAUGUAUUCCAAUGAUAUUUGUGAGCUUAUCUUUGGUGUUGUAUUUGAACAUUGUAUACAGUAUACUAAACAUUCUUACUUCGCAUACAAAAUACUGUACACGUGGUUGCAAAGAACUAUGAAUACAAAUUUUUGGGACACAUGUAACUUAGAAUUAGAGCAAAAUCUAGAAGCAAUUAUUUUUUCAAACUGGUGUAAUAGUAUUAAUGAAAUAAGUAAGCAAAACUCGACGCUUAUUUUUAAAACGUACCUGAAAAUUAUGGAAGAGAAAUAUGAUGGAUACUUAGAAUUUCUAUUUAGACAUUGUGUUGAUACAAUUUCUUGGCAAAAUGAAAUAAAAUAUGAUAUACUCGCAGAAAUUUGUGAAAUUUGGGACAAUACUAAAAUUAUGACAUCUUAUAAAUUUUUACUUUCCUUAUGUACCAGCUUAACAAAAUAUUAUUUGCGUUCGGGAGGUACAAAAGUUUAUCUUGCUAUUGUAAAAAAGUUAAACGAAAGCGAGUGGAAGGCAGCAUUUGGAGAUAUAAUGAAUUAUCUUUUUCACUACUGGGAAUCAAUUGAAAAUGAAAAUUAUAAUGCUCUUCAAUUACUCUGCAAACACUGGCUUGAACCAGUUAUUAAAAUACACGGAAAUAUCUUAAAAUUUUUGUGGCAUUUGAUAGAAGACAUAAAAGGACAUUUUCUACGUUCAAAUCUUCAAAGAAUGUCUAAUGAAAUGCAUAUUGUUCUUCCACAACAAGCAAGAAUUGAAUGCUAUAUAAAUCAUAAAAAUGAAACUGUGAGAUUAAAUGGAUUUGCAAUAAAUUGCUAUCAAGUAAUCAACUUGUAUAAUGAAUGUAAAGAUCAGUUUUUCACAAUCAAAAGUUUUUUAUGGUAUAAUGCAAAUAGUACGUCUGUUUGUAUGAGAGAUGGAAUUAUUAAAUAUUUUCAAAUAUUUUAUGCUAAUAUUAUAAAGAUGCGUGACACUAAACCUGAAACCAUAAAUAAUGUACAAUAUAUUAUACAUUGGUUACACGAAUUUUUGUUGGAUUGUUUUGAAAUUGGUUCCUGUUAUCAACGAAAAAUCUUUGGUUUAAAUUUAUACAGAAUCGUACUUUCCUAUCCAACCGAAGAUUUGAAUUUUAUGAACAAAGAGAGUUUAUUUGCUUUAUUAACACUUGUAUUGGACUCUGCAUUUGAUAUCAAGCAACUAGCUACUUCAAUUAUCCUUGAUUACUUCGAUAAGGAUAUUCUGUCUAGUUUGGAGAAACAAGUAUUGUAUCAGACAGCGUUAAAAUACUGUAAUUCUUCUAAAUUUUAUGAAAUCGAAAGCGGUGCGGCUCUUAUAAAAAUUUUAGUCAACUGGGUCCCUUUAGAUAUUUUACACAAUAAGACUGAAUGCAAAAAUUAUAACAGUUAUUCGGACUUUUUAUUUAAUGAAGCUACAAGUCAGUUGAUACAAAUGAAAAAAGAUAUUUUAAAAGCAAUUGUUCAAAAUAAACCAUUUUAUGGUGUACUGACUGCUUUACGAAACAUUGCUUUUCAAAAUGGCCCAGAAAAUGUUUGCUUAACUUCAAAAUUUAUUGAAAAGAUACUGGUUUUAUUAGUAGAUGCAACUGAUUUUUUUCUGUCUGCACUUUCCUCAAAGUCUGAAAACAAAGAAUAUUCGUCUUCAUUUGCUGAAAUGGGAUUAGCAAUUGAUGAUGUUAUUAAAAACAGUGAAGUAGAUAGUAUUAAUUUUGACGAAUUAAAUUUAACUCCUGCACAUCAAGUUCUUAUUUCUUGUAUUUGGAUGUCUUUGAAGGUAUCCUGUGAAAUAGCUUGUGAAAUAGGUACACUAAUGUAUUCUGAUGAAACAGUGAAGUCUUCUAUUAAUAUUAUUGUUGCUGUGUUACUCAGGUGUAGGCAUAAAGGUGUAGUAGAAGCUGCAGGUACAGCAAUAGGACAUUUAUCCAGAUAUUUAUGCAAAGAAAGUAAAUAUUCUGAUUUACUAAAAAUGCAUAUUCUCCGUAUAUUGAAAGAUGACAGUAUGAUACAUUCUUUAAAUAUUACCAGAAGAGAUGCUGGCCUGUCGAUAAUGUUUCAUAGAAUUGUUGUCGGCGAUAAUCGAAGAGACAGACCUCUUUUGCAUUUUGCGAUGCAAAAGUUGUUAUUCUUGCUAGGUGAUUUUGUAGACUAUUCUUUGAAAGAGUUAGUAAUUCAAUAUGACUUCCCUACGGCAAGACGCUUGCAUUUCUUACGGGCUCUGGUAGCCAAUAAAGAGAUACACGCACAGUUAACUCCAUACAUGGAAAAAAUUGCAUUGAUUUGUUUUAGACAACUGAAAUCCGAAAUAUGGAUAAUAAGAAAUGCCAGUCUACAGUUGUUUGGUGCAAUAGUUCCAAGAUUGGUGGGUCAAAGUUAUGGGGAUACAUUAGACUUUGGAAAUGGUUACUCAAUUAAUCAUUUUAUUACGCAUUAUCCGAUACUCGCUAAUUACGUUAUACAAGAGUUGAAAUUUACCGAAUUUUUUAUUGAAUCAUAUAUAAAUUCAAACAUCGUGCCUAUCGUUAUGCUCCUUUCAAAAUUUUCAAAUAGUGGUUGCAGAUUAAUUGAUCAUCCUGCACAACAUUUUAUAUCCACAGCAAAAUGUUUGCUUCGUACAUUAUUGUUUCAACAUCCUGUUUUAUAUGUUAGACUUUUAGCUGCAAAAGCAUAUGCAGCCUUAACAGAAUAUUUAGAAAUUACAUCAGUGAUAAAACAAUUGAAAUAUAGUCUUUCUUUGUGUAAGAAUGUUAAUUUAAUUCACGGUUAUUUACUAACAAUGCAAUAUUUAAAGAAAAAAUUGGCUGUUGAAAUUGAAUGUCUGAAUUCAUCUUCAGAUAUUAUACCAUGUACAAAUAAUAAAUUAAAGCCAUGUACAGAAUUAUUGCGAUUUCGUAGAAUAUUACAAAUUUGGAAUAAUUUAUCUAAAAAAGAAAAUAAUUCACAAAUAUGUUAUAUAUUAGAGACUUUAUUUCUACAAUUAAAAGAGUUUAAUUUUGAUAAAAUGUCUGCUACGGAUAUAUUUAAUUUCAAUGAAAACAUACAUGUUUUCACUUCCGAAAAAGUAAAGCCAGGAUUUUUUCAGUUUAUUGAUGUUUCAACAAAAUUAUGUGCUGAUUAUUUUAAUUGUACAAGUAACAUUGAUAGUGAUAUUAUACAUAAGAUUGUGAACUCUUAUUGCAUUGAUCAAACCAUCUCUUUUUUAAAUCAUGUCUCACAGUGUACAUCAAUUUUAAAGGUAGUUCUUGAACGUUUAUUAUUUAUAAAUGAACAUGAUUGCAAUGAAUUACUUUUAAAUGCAAUGGUAAAUUAUGCUUUGAAAACCUUACAACAUUGGUCAUCAUUGAAUAUGAACGGAUUAGAUAUUGAAAAAACAGUAGAAAAUGUGUUUGUUGAAACAAAGGAAAUUGCAAUAAAUUCUCGAUUAUGUAAUUUAAAGUGUAUCAUAAUAAUUCUGUUUUCUAAAAAGGAACAGCUUAUAAAUGAGAUUUUACUAUGUGCUCUUAAUUUAUCUAUUCAUGAAGAAGAAUAUGCGAGACGUAUAGCAGUUGAACUUGUGCAGUUUUCAGUUUAUCGCUUUGCAAAUUUAUCUAACAAUAAUAAGUUAAUAAUUCUACAGUGUUGUUUAAUUUUAUUAAAAGAUGAAAUUCUUGAAAUACGUGAAACCAUCGCAGAAAGUUUAAGAACACAUGUUCUACGAAAAAUUAAUAUGAAAUUUAAUAAUUUAGAACAUGUUGAAUAUAUAUAUCAACAAUUAUUAUCUGAAAUCAUGCUUUCUGAGAUGACAAGUAAAGAUAUGAAACUACUUUUUGUAAAAUUAUUCACACAUAAUAUUAAAAAUUUCGAAGUUAAUGCAUCAAUUGAAAAUCCGUUUUAUCAUGAUGAUAAUCCUUCUUACAAAGAAGAUACGAAAUUUCUAAAUUUUUGCUUUUAUUACGUACAACAAAAGAAGUAUAAUUAUGAUAGGUGUAAUAAAAUGGAAUAUGAUAGCGAGAACAUUAUCAACAUUCUAUGCAAAAAGGAAAUAAAGCAUCAGUUUCAAAAUAAAUGUUUUGAUGACAUUAACUUAGAAAUUAUUUUAAACACUAAAUAUGUAGAUUAUUUAUUAAGGAAGCAAGAACUUGUAAUACAAGAAUACAGUUAAUAAUAACUGUACAUUUACUUUAGAUUAAGUAAAUGAUAAGCAAUGAUAAAUAUUUUGUAAUUGAGAAUUAACGAUUCUUAUCAAGGAAUCUCAAAAUAAAAGCCUUCUAACCCAUCAAAGUAUGCAAUAGAUAUUUAAUAGUCCUGAAUAAAUACAUCUGUACACCUUACGUUCAUAUAAAUGUGUACACAUUCACAAAGAUUAUAACUUCAUAUUUACAUUAUACUACAUUAACUGUAUCAGAAUAUUAGAAAAUUUUGAAAGAUCCUAGAAUACAUAUUAUUAUACAUUG